UGGGGUAUCUAUUACUCAUGGCAUAUCAUACUAUCUUAUCAGUUUAGUGAUGAUAGAUACUACUAUAUCUGCAGAUAGGUGUGGUGUUAUACUAUGGAAUAUAGAGUUGAAGGAGUAUCAUUCAUUCUGUGCUAAAAGUCUUCACCUACAAAUUAUUAUCUAGAAAAAUGGCAAAGUUAUUGCUUUUCUAUUGCCUGAGUGCCUUUAUAAUAAGUGUCUGGGGACAAGAAAAUGCAAUUCGAAAUUUGUCGCCUUCUCUUAAAGAAUGUUACGAUAAUAAGUUUCUUUUACAAAGGAAUAACAGAUUGCCGCAUACUUUAAACACAUUCAUUUCGAUAUUACGGAAAAUCGAAAAUGUAGAAGGUCUUAAUAUGGAUUUGAGAACUCUAUCUGUUGCUCUUUUGCAUCGUUUCAGACAAGAUGGGAUUGUACCGAAUCCCUCGGUUCCCAUACAAGAUGGAGUGACACCUUAUGUGCCGUUUGGUUUUCAAUUUUUCCGCCAUUCUCAAACGCUUCAAUUUAUACAAGGAAAUGCUCUGCAGUUUCCUAACAAUAGCAUCACAAACAUUGAAAGGUGUACAUUACACUUCAUGUUAUCUGAUAGCAUAGAAAUGUUUGAAAGAGGAGAUGAGGCAAUAGUUUGCAAAUACGUAAAUCCAAGACAUUCAAGAAGUCUUUCAAAUUAUGAUGAAGUGACAAGCAAAGGUACCAGUGAUAUGGAAACUGACGAUGUUAAUACCGACGAUGUGGAAACGUUAACAUCCGAUGAAAUAAAAACCAUGUCGAAUCCAAAAGACGAAACUGCUAAAGUUACAGUUGAUCCAAAUUCAUUAUAUCCAGAAUUACCACCGAAUCAUCCAGACGCCUCGAAGCUGCUACUACCACCACAAAGCAGAUGCCCUAUACAGAAUGGAGUCAUAAAGACCCCGUGGGGCGUUGUUUCUCCUGGUUUAGUUCUUUCUGCAAUAGCAGCUGCCACACAACCAGAAAAAUUUAUGCUACAUAAUCUACAACCUGAGCUAGCAAAGAAAUAUAGUGUGAAUUUAUCAGAUGUUGCUGUAGACAAUAAAUGGUUUGCUACUUUGGCUGGGGACUUGGCAGAGGUUGUUUUAAUACAAGGACCAAUAAGAUCAAAAGUUAGCGUCGGGACAACUGGUCAUUGGAACUCUACUGCUUUGCCACGGUGGUUCUUUUUGGAUUCCAAUGAAACAUUUGAAAUGACAACACCAGAAAUUAGAGGCGAUUUAGAUGGUUUAAUUUUGGCUAAUGAAAUUAAAAAAUGGUAUUCAAAAAUACCCAGUUUAAGACUGUCACAAGUAUUUGAUAUGUACUACAGCGAGCGAGGAUUCUUUGAUCCGUCAAUCAGAGCAGCCAAUCGCAGAUCAUUGUUCCCAGCUGUUGCUCCCAACGAAACGAUGAUUGAACAGGUGUAUAGUGCCAGUCUAGUGUUAAACACUUAUAUAGCAGCAGCAACGCUCGAUCUUGAAAAAAUUAAACAGUUUUCAGUACAAGCGGUAAACGAUUUGAUAACAUACGUUCCGUCUAUGAAUAUGGACCUCCAGUUCGAGAAGUCAGAUUCAAAUAAUUUUCAUGAAACGAAUGUUGAUUUAACUAUAAUUUUGGAUACAAAUUGGGCAUUCUCUGCUAUACAGCCUAUUCUCGCAACAUUAUUAGAGAGCAUAGAGCUAAAUCCUUUUAAUAGUAAUUUCACCCUAAUGAAUGGUUACGAUGGAUCUGAAAUUAUAAACAGUACAUUUAGUAUUCAGGAUUUCUAUGCCUACAAUUCGUCACGCUACGACAACCUUACACAUACAUUCGAUUUGUCGAAGUCAAUUACCAAAGUACAGAAUCGCUUGAUGAAUAAAUUGGAGAAUGAACGCAAGCGAGGGGAAGGAGGUGCAAGAUCUGACAUUGUUUUAAUUAUUCCGUAUACUUCAGUUAUUAAUGCUGGUGACAAACAAUACUGUCUGCAGAACAUAUUACAAAUGCAGGAGCAUAUACCAGACACAACAUUUCUUGUUAUGGCAUACGGAUCAAAAGAUACGUGGUCCGAUUUCGUUAAAAAUCCUGCAACAGAUUUGUUCACUAUCGGUAUCGGUGAUACAGAAGAAGCUUUGUCACCGAUAAACAAUUUGGUUUCCAGGAUAAAACAAGUUCCCAAACGCCUUAUUAAUACACAAUGUGGUUCAGAUUACGUUCCGAGUGGAUCUUCUAAUGCAUACGUUGAUUACGUUACACCAAAUAGUACUAAUUUGUAUAGAUUACAUCCUAAUUACUUUUUCAAAACUGAAGGCUCUUCCACAAUAAAGAUUCAAGGCACCGGUUUGGAUAAACUGACUAUAUGCUCGGCACGAGAACCGUUGUAUGUUAAUAACACACAAAAUGUAAUAUGCGGGUCGAUAAUUAACGAAGCAUACAAUGUUACAAUUUCUUGUGCGAGUGCUACUUUUAUUCAUGCCUGUCCACCGCUUUAUUUAUCUGUAACUGCGAAUUCCACGGAUCUUUCAACAUCAUGCACAGAUCGUCAGAAGUGUCGAUUUUCGACUUCAAUAAAGUAUACGAUAUCCUAUGAAGAUCUAACAUGCGUCAGCGGAGCAAGCAGAAUUGCAUUCAGUUCGUUUAUUCUUAUUGUACUUUUAACAUUUCUCGAUUUAUAAAAUAACGAUCAUAUCCUUAGCUUCAUGAACCAAAUAAUCAUCUAUCAUACGUUUCUGAAUAACAAAUAUUCAGAUAAUGUUUAAAAAAUAUUUUAUAUUAAGUAUGCUAGUGUUUAUGUAAUAACAUGUGUAGCCAAUUAUAAAAUUUGACUCGCAUAUUUAUAACGAAAAACUUAUAUUCACAAUUCUUCCAUAGCAUAUUGACUGAACAAGUAUAUUUUGUUUUUCUACAAAUAAUGUGUUAACCUUGCAUACAAAAUAAAAUGUAAAUGCAUUAAAUAAAAGGUUUACAGAGAG